UUUCUCUCACUCGUUAAUUUUAUCUCCGGCGAGUUAAUGGCGAUGCUUCAAACGACUCUUGGCUUCCUUAAUUCUCCGACAUUUUCGUUUUCUUCCUCUUAUUUUUGUCCGAAUCUUUCCGUCAAGUCGACCUCCCUCUGUCUGGGCUUCAGCUGCCGUCCCUCAGUUCAAAUACUUGAUUUUUCGAAAAGGGUCAGUAGAAGCUACAGAAGAGAUGCUUUUAUACAUUCAGUCAGAUGUUCUUCGUCGUCCGAGUUUGAUAAUAGCAAUGCAGUUGUGAAGGAGAAGAGUGUCUCAGUGAUUCUCUUAGCUGGUGGUCAAGGGAAGAGAAUGAAAAUGACCAUGCCAAAACAGUAUAUACCACUCCUUGGUCAGCCUAUUGCUUUGUACAGCUUUUUCACCUUUUCACGUAUGUCUGAAGUGAAGGAGAUUGUAGUUGUUUGUGAUCCAUUUUUCCGAGAUAUUUUUGAAGAAUAUGAAGAAUCGAUUGAUGUUGAUCUUAAAUUCGCUGUCCCUGGUAAAGAAAGGCAAGACUCUGUUCACAGUGGACUUCAGGAAAUUGAUGCGAACGCUGAACUUGUUUGCAUCCACGACUCAGCAAGACCCUUGGUUGACACUGAAGACGUCGAGAAGGUACUUAAAGAUGGAUGGACGGUUGGAGCAGCCGUGCUUGGUGUUCCUGCUAAAGCUACAAUCAAAGAGGUCAAUGCUGAUUCACUCGUGGUGAAGACUCUCGACAGGAAAACCCUUUGGGAAAUGCAGACACCACAGGUGAUCAAACCCGAGCUGUUGAAGAGAGGAUUCGAGCUUGUGAAAAGAGAAGGUCUAGAGGUAACAGAUGAUGUUUCGAUUGUUGAAUACCUCAAGCAUCCUGUUUAUGUCACUCAAGGAUCUUACACAAACAUCAAGGUUACAACACCUGAUGAUUUACUGCUUGCUGAGAGAAUCUUGAGCAUGGACUCAUGAGAAGGGCUUUCGAUUCAGUUUCAGUCUGGACAAUUCGUUUAUGGUUCGGGUUGAUUUAGUCAGCCUUACUGUAUUUGAAUCUUGUACACAAAUUAUGUUCUGCUUCGUGAACAAAGUAAAAUCUGAACACUAAAAUCAAAGAGUGAGAACACAAUAUAUUACAAAAGAUUUAUGAUGGAAAGCACGAUAAGAGAAAACAUAUUUUCAUGU